AAUCCUUUUCAGAACUUCUGAGGAGACUCGCUGGUCCAAAAUAAUGGCCAUAAUGGGUGGUUGGCCGGUUUCAACUAAAUCUCUGCUUCAGCCGACAGACUAAAGUAAAGAGACUCUGGACUUUCCGAGCUAUUGGGGGUCCCAACCCACUCCCGUCCCUCCACUCAUCCGCCUAUAAGAAGGCACCUACUCUCUCUGGGACACAACUCAAGCACUUGAACUCACUCUCAGUCUCACCUUCUCACAGCUCUUGCUCUAGACUAUUAACUUUGUGGUACGAGUGAUGGCUCAGGGUCAGGGGAGAGGCAGUGCAGUGGCUCUUGGGUUGGCACUGCUGUGCCUCCUCAUCCACAGCGAGAUCGCCGAGUCGGCUACUUACACAGUCGGAGACACCAAUGGCUGGACUUUCAACACUGACACUUGGACCAGAGGGAAGCGUUUCAGGGCUGGCGAUGUGCUCGUUUUCAAGUACAAUCCAUCGGCCCACAACGUCGUGGUGGUGAAUGCGGCUGGCUACCGUGGCUGCACGACCCCGAGGGGCUCGAGAGUCCUCAGCUCAGGCAAUGACCAAGUCACACUUGCCAAAGGGACGAACUACUUCAUCUGCAACUUUGCGGGCCACUGCCAAUCAGGGAUGAAGAUUGCAGCCACAGCUGUGUAAAAAUUUUAGUGGAGCUUUAUCUACUUGGUAGUGUGCUAAUAUGUAUGAAAGGGAGGACUAUCUUGUAUGACUACGUGAGAUUAUUAAAUAAACUGUUCGGUGGCUCAUGAACUCUGUGCCUGGGCUGCCCUUCAUAUAAA